AUGCCACCACCACAGAGCCAGCGCCGACAGGCGGUUGAGUCCGAUGAAGAUGAAGACGUCCAUCAACGCCCUGACAGCCCCGCGGACGACGGAAAUUCCGACGUGGACCACAUGCACGGUGUCGAGCGAGACGAGACAAGCCAGCUCAUCAAGAAGCUGGUGCGAUAUGCCCUCGCUUGCGAAUACUCCAGAACACCGAUCCGCAGAGACGGCAUCAAGGAGAGAGUCCUCGGUGUCCACGGUCGGGAGUUUAAGAAGGUGUUUGCCGGGGCCCAGAAGCAGCUGCGAGCUACAUUUGGCAUGGAGAUGGUCGAGCUGCCCACUAAGGACAGGAACCUUUUGACGGUCGAGCAGAAGAGAAAAGCCACGAAAUCCCAGAGUCAGAAGGAGCCAACUUCAAACUCUUAUAUGCUCGUUUCGGGUUUGCCCGAACACCUCAGAGUUCCCGAUAUCAUCGCCCCAUCCAAAGUCCAGUCGGCAGAUGGCGAAGCUGCAUAUAUCGGUCUCUACACAAUGCUCAUUUCCGUCAUCACACUCAGUGGUGGCGAGCUAAGUGAUCCACGCCUGCGACGAUACCUCACCCGUCUCAAUGCGGCCGAGAACAUGCCAAGUUCCAACCCCAACAACGAAAAUGCGCCGAGCGAGAAAACUGAGCUAGUCCUCCAGCGAAUGAUUAAGCAGGGUUACCUUGUGAGGGUUGCGGACAACAAAAACGCGGGAGACGGCGACGCAAUUACCUGGCACGUUGGGCCUCGUGGCAAAAUGGAAGUGGACAAUGAAGCCAUUGCUGCCGUGGUCCGAGAAGUCUAUGGCGGCGGCCAACAAAACGAGGAUCUGGAGAGGAAACUCCAAGCCAGUUUGAAGGUGAAGGAUAGGAAACCACCAAGGUCAGCAGCGGCGGGUCGAGCUCCGGCCACAAUCCAAGAGGACGAGGAAGAGGAAGACGCGGAAGAAGACGACGAGCCGGACCCUGGCCCGAGUACUAGACGAGGAAGACGGGGGUAA